GUCAGUCCACGUGGCUAACAUCCCAUCCAUUCUCUUCCCACCUCCCUAGUUUUUCCUCCUCUCCAUCUUCCACCCAUCAUCUCCUUGUUGCUACAGCACAGGGGGCUGCCAAUGGCCGCAGCCAGCUUGUGGCUGCUGCAGCGUCCUUCCCCUGCUCUCCACAACUCCCUCUCCCUCCCAAGCAGCCAUCCUUCCUCCUCUGCAUGUCCUCCACUGCACAGGAAGCCAAGGGAUCUUCUUCUCUGCUGCGCUUCAUCGGGCGCCACGUCUUCUGUGGUGGCCAAGGAGCAAGAGGAAGCAGCCACUGCUCCCUCGGAAGAAGGAUCUGAGCCUUCACUUCUUAGCUACAAAGAUGACCCCAACUUCAGGGGCUGCAGGGGCUGCGGCAGGGACGAGCUUGAGAGAGGCUGCAAUGGCGAGGGGCGGAUCCAAGGGGGAAUAGCCGCCGUCCCGGGCUUCGGCUGGUGGCCAAUCAAGGCCUACCGGCCAUGCCCCGGCUUCGUCGCCUCCGGCGGCCGCUACCGGCGCCAGGGCCAAAGCAUGGACGACGUCGCAUCCGGCAGGGGAAAGAAAGUCUCCCCGGGCAAAAAGAAGAUGUAACCUACUGCACAAGUACAUGCUGUAAUUUCUGCUCAGUGACAAAUAAGUAAUCCAGCCCAAGGAACUGCAGUCUUGACAAUGGGAGGAAGUAUGCUAUUCAAGGUGACUAAGAAGUUUUGGCUAUCUGCGUCAUCUUUGGAAUCUGGGAAAGUUUACCUAGGAAUUGGGAAAGUUCCAAGUAUUCAGAAACAACAAUUUUGGUCUACAUUGCCAGUGCAGUUCCCUUGUUUCCAAUUGUAAUAGCAAGUAGCAACACGGCACUGAAAGUUUGAACAUCUGACUGUGCCCUAAUACUGUUGGAGCUGUUCUACUGCUUUCAAAUGAAAUAGCUUCGUUACCUGUACA